AUGUCGGACUUCUUCCGCAGAGCAUCUGACGCUUUCCACCAUCGCCCUCGUCAGGACUCAACGGGCUCCACUAGCUCGACUGAGGCAGCCAUUGAUUCCAGCGCUGCUAAAGCCCCUGAUCAACAACCACUGAAUCCAAGUUCACAGACAGUUCAGCCUCAGCCUCAGUCUGGAUCGUACGCUGGUACGACAACUGCCAAGCCAAAGCCGCACCACCUUUGGGGCUGGAAACACGGCCAAGAGAACAAAACUGACCCGAGCCAGAUAUCAGCCCAGAAAAAGGAUGACACUGACUGGGUUGUUGGAACCUAA